AUGGACGACUUCAAUAGCGAAACCGACAGCGACUACACCAGUUACUGGCGGGACUGGUUUAUAUCCUCGCGCGGCAACGAGUACUUUUGCGAGAUCGACGAAGAGUACCUCACAGACCGCUUCAACCUCACCGGCCUCAACACAGAAGUCCAGUACUACCAAUAUGCCCUCGACCUCGUUACCGAUGUCUUCGACUUCGACUGCGACGACGACAUGCGGGAGCAGAUAGAAAAGUCUGCGCGCCAUCUGUACGGCCUGGUGCACGCGCGGUACAUAGUCACAACCCGGGGCCUCGCCAAGAUGCUCGAGAAGUUCAAAAAGUCCGACUUCGGCAAAUGCCCACGCGUCAUGUGCGACUCGCAGCCGCUCCUCCCCAUGGGCCAGUCCGACAUCGCCAACUCGUCCCCCGUCAAGCUCUACUGCGCCCGCUGCGAAGACCUCUACAACCCAAAGUCCUCGCGCCACGCCAUCAUCGACGGCGCCUACUUCGGCACCUCCUUCCACAACAUCCUCUUCCAGGUUUACCCCAACAUGCUACCGCCCAAGACCCAGCGCCGCUACGAGCCCAGGGUCUUCGGCUUCAAGGUGCACUCUGCCGCGGCGCUGGCGCGGUGGCAGGCCGAUGAGCGGGAGAAGCUAAAGGAUAGGCUGAGGGGGGCGCGCAUUGAGAGUGGGUUUGAGGAGGAGGAAGAAGAGGCUGACGAGGAAGAGGAGGACGAGGAGAUGGAGGGUGAUGGCUUUGAGGGCGCGGCCGUGCAGCAGUAG